AUGAUGAAAUCACACCUGCUGGGACUUGCCAUUUUAGUGCUGGCCUGUUCCGCCGUACUCAGCUCACCCUUCAAACAAAAAAGCAAUUCAUCAAGCAACCAGCGGUUGUUAGGUGCAAAAGAAUGUACUUGGGGUCCAUCUUACUGGUGUUCUGAUAUCAGAAACGCUAAGACAUGUGGAGCCGUAACGCAUUGCAUUCAAACUGUAUGGGAGAAACAACAUUAUCCUGUGGAUAAUGAUGAGAUCUGCAAUAUCUGUUUGGAUAUGGUAAAACAGGCUCGUGAUCAGUUGGAAAGCAAUGAAACACAAUCGGACCUGAAAGCAGUCUUCGAGGGUUCCUGCAAGUUGAUCCCGGUGAAGGUAGUGAAAAAGGAAUGCUGCAAACUAGCUGACGAUUUUAUUCCAGAGUUGGUGGAGGCACUUGCUUCACAGAUGAAUCCGAACGUCGUAUGCAGCGUAGCCGGAUUGUGUAAUAAUGCCGCUAUCGAUAAACUGCUGGCUGCAAUGCCCGCCAUUAAACCGCAGUUGGAGGAAGAUGUGGAUGAUAAUACACCAUCCAGCGAACUUAACUCAGCCAAUUAUGAUACAUUUAGUUGCGGAGAAUGCAAUUCGAUUGCCGGUCAAAUUGAACGUCGCUUCCGAUCCGCUGAUCGGGAUAGCGUGUUGGAAGGAUUCCUGCGUGUCUGCGGCCAAAUGUCGUCCUACUCGGACGCUUGCUCGAGCCUCGUUCUUACAUACUUUGGUGAGAUGUAUGAGCAUUUGGACCGCAAUCUAAACGUGGAUGCCUUAUGCCACCUUAGCGGAGCCUGCUCGGCGAAAUUCCAUCAACACGAGGAUGGUAAGCAAAUUGAGAUACGACCAAUGGGAGGUGUCGGUAUGCUGCCGGUGACCGGUGACGAUGUUCCAUGCAAAUUGUGUGAGCAACUAGUCGAUCACCUGCGUGAUGUGCUGAUCGCAAACACGACCGAACUCGAGUUUAAGCAGGUGUUGGAGGGUCUUUGCAAGCAAACUAAGACCUUUGCUGAUGAAUGUAACAAUUUGGUUGACCAAUACUAUCGCGAAAUCUACGAAACGUUAGUUCACAAUCUGAACAGUAAUGACGCUUGUUUUAUGAUUGGCGUUUGUCCCAAGGGAGAUGGUGUAAUCGCAAACGGCCCUAUCAUGCCAUUGCUACCGGUUGGAGUGGCAGCUCAGCAUGAACAAAACGAAGCAUCUAAACCGUACCGUCGUCCGCUGCUUGGUGAAAACGAACCCGUACUGUCGGCUACGGAAAUACAGCAAGCACAGUUACCUAUUGAUCGCAUCAUGGGUGCACCCAGUGCCCUAAAUUUAAUUGAAAAUGGCAAAUUCUGCACACUUUGCGAAUAUUUCAUGCACUUCGUCCAGGAGGCAUUGAGUGAGCCGGCAAAUGAAGACGAGAUUAAAGUAGUGGUAGGUACCACCUGUAACCGGCUACCGGCAUCGAUUCGUGGUGAAUGUCAUAACUUCGUGGAUGUGUACGGCGAUGCAGUGAUUGCGUUGCUCAUCCAAUCGAUGGACCCUCGUCAAAUCUGCCCAACUAUGAAGAUGUGCCCGUCAACUAACGAAGAUGUGGAGAUAUUUGCACCCGGUCAGGUGGAAGUGACGAUUGAGGCUCGUGCCGGCAACGAUAAACCAACCUGUCCGCUCUGUCUUUUCGCCGUUAGCCAACUGGAAGAGUCGGUCAAAACGGAUCGCUCCAAGGAAAACAUUAAGAGUGCUCUCAGCAAACUCUGCACACAUUUGUCUCCGAAAUUGCGUCUCGAGUGUAACGAUUUUGUAGACACGUACACAGCGGAGCUGAUCGAAAUGUUGGCGUCUGAUUUUACACCGCAGGAGAUCUGUGUCUUCCUGAAGUUGUGCGUUGACCAACGCCCAGAUCUCAGUCUGCUCGGCAUGGAACUCGAUUAUGAAAAGCGCACUUUGCUUAGUCAGCGACCAGUGAAUGCACCGUCAGGUCCGUCUGGUGAUGUUGAAACGAACGAAAUACCCGACACUACAGUCAAUGGGCAGAUCACUAUUGACCACAUACCGAUGAACAGCACGCCCGAGUGUCUUGUGUGCGAGGAAAUGGUAAAGGCGGUUGAAAAGCGUGUCAAAAACAAGAAAAGUAAGGAGCAAAUUAAGGCAGCACUAGAACACGCUUGCGAUCGGCUGCGCCAGUAUCGUACAAAGUGUGAGAAGUAUAUCGAUCAGCACAGCGACCAAAUCGUCGAUCUCUUAAUGAAACAAUUGUCUCCAAAAGAAAUAUGUACCACGCUAGGAUUCUGUGUCCCAAAGGAGUUCGCUGAUGAGUUGGAGGUUGAUGAGGCACUUCUCGAUUAUGUUGUAGAACCGGCUAUUAUGGAGCCUGGAAAGGAUUUGUUGCUAUCCGCCGCGGGGGCUGUGGAAAAAAAUCAACCACCACAGUGUGCGAUUUGCGAGUUCGUCAUAGUGAAAAUCGAAUCGGAACUGACGAACAAAAAAACUCGUGCAGAAAUAGAAAAUGCAGUGCGCACGGUUUGCAACAAAAUGCCCAGCACUAUUACCAAGCAGUGUGAUAAAUUGAUUGACCAGUACGGCGAGUUUAUUAUCAAAUUUCUGCAAACAUUACCGCCCCAAGCGAUUUGUACGCAGUUGGAAUUGUGUGAGAAACAGCAGGCGAUUCUGAAGCAGUCCGAAUUGGAAAUUGUCGGAUGUGCUGUAUGCCAGGGUGCCGUUAAGGCUCUUGAUGAGUUGAUGAAUGGUGAUCAAUUGCAAGAUCACGUUACGAAGUACGUGGAUCAUAUUUGUAAUGCACUCCCGGCGAAGCACUAUACCCAAUGCGAUGAGUUGUUGACUGUAUAUGGUAUCAGCAUGAUGCAGCAACUGAAGCAUUCGAUCGAACGUGAGCAAGUUUGCGUUAACAUCGACAUGUGCAACAUUAUGUCAACACUGUUGUCCCUGCCGGAGUUUGCUUCGGGUGAACGUGUCAUUGAUCAACCCGUUGAGGAGGAGCAUGUUGAAAAGAAGGAUGCCAUGCUUGUCGGAUUAAACGAGUGCAGCUGGGGACCGGCUUAUUGGUGCAAAGAUGAAGCCAGUGCAGCACAAUGCAAGUCCACGAGCUACUGCAAGGAGCGAAAACUUGGUUUCUGGAUGGAAACAGUCUAA